CAAAACCGCAAGCCCAUACCACAAACCGCCCACAGAACCCAGCCACCGACACACAGCCAUAACUAUAUACUAGUCUAUUAGAUACAAUAUAUAUACAUACACAUGUAUAUCGCUUCAAUAGUUAUCUCAAAAGCCAAAAAGUGUAUUACACAGCAAAUAUUUUUCAGGUGAUUCCAACCGUUCGAUCGAGCAUAUUUCCGGCAGAUGGCUGACGUGGAAGCAAGAGAGCGCAUGAUCUUAGUGGCCGUCGAUGGAGGCGAAGAGAGCAUGUACGCGCUCUCAUGGUGCCUCAAGAACGUAGUUUACGAAAAUUCCAAAGAUACCCUCAUCCUCCUCUACGCUAAAUCACCUCGAGCUGUGUACCCAGCUCUAGACGGAACAGGUAGGAGAGAACGCGCCGAAGGGUAUUUGUUUUCGUCUGAGAUACUGGCGAGCAUGGACAAGUACAACAACGAUGUGGGCAAUUGCGUGAUAGAGAAAGCGAAGAGGCUUUGCAAGGAGGUGAAAGAUGUUAAGGUGGAGGCUAAGGUAGAGCUCGGAGAUCCGAGGGAUGUGAUUUGUCAGAUGGCGGAGAAGUUGGGUGUUGAUAUGGUUGUCAUGGGAAGCCACGGUUAUGGUCUGAUCAAGAGGACAUUUUUGGGGAGUGUAAGCAAUCACUGUGCACAGAACGUGAAGUGUCCUGUUUUGAUUGUGAAGAAGCCAAAGUCAGUUGGUGGUGAUAAAUAAUUUUGUAACAUUUUGACUUCUAGUUAUUGGCUUGUGGUGUUGUGGAGAUAUUGUUGUAAGCUGGUCAAUGUUCAUCUUUUGGCCUCUUUCUUACGUUAUUGGUGGUGGCUUUGAUCAAUACAUGUAUAUACAAUGCAACAGUGUGUGAUGUAAAUGACAUAAGUGGACUCAUUUUCAGUUUUGGAUUAA